AUGGCUAUCAGUAGAAACCACCGAGGAGCAUCGUCAUCGAGCAGCAUGUGGCUGGUGUUGCUCUUUGCCGGCUGUGCUGUUCUGCAAUCGGUCAACGGAGCUGGGAGUGGAGCCUGCAAAACGAUUCCGGAAAACGAUAAAUCGAUGACGCAAGAUGAACGUUGCUGUACCACACCGAUGGUGUUUGCAAAUGCGACGCUAGACGAGUGCUGGAAAGGUGUGUCCGAUUCUGGCAAGCUGGAACCGGAAAAAGCCUGCGAAUUUUCCAACUGCAUCAUGAAGAAGCACAAGUUCGUCAAGGCCAACGGGCAGCUCGAUGGAGACCAGAUUCGGACGUACCUGAAGGAGCAGCUGGAAACGACUCCCGAAUGGAAAACGCUAAUGGAGAAGGUCGUACUGGAGGAGUGUGGUCCGAUGAUCGAAAAAGGUCGCGAGGACAUCAAGAAGGUGAUGCAACAGUUCGUCGGUCAAUGUGAUCCGAUGAAUGGCGUGUUGAUAACCUGUGCCCUCGGGAAAGUCCAUGCGAAUUGUCCUUCCGCUGAUUGGAAUGAUUCCAAACUGUGUAACGAAUUCAAGAGCUACUUCUCCAAGUGCACGGAUACGUUGGAGAACAUGAAUGAGAUGUUUUUGGCGUUCGAGGCCAAAAAGAUUGCCGAUGGAGGACGCUAAGCAGCUGGAUGGAUGGAUGAACCGAAUGGUUCCUCGAUUCCCUGAUGAUGCAGACCAAGGCC